AUGGUGCCCCCAGUUCAGGUCUCUCUGCUCAUCAAGCUUGGCCGAUACUCAGCCCUGGUCCUCGGCAUGGCCUACAGUGCCAAGCGCUAUAGUUACCUAAAGCCCCAAGCAGAGGAGGAGAGGAGGGUGGCAGCGGAGGAGAAGAAGAGACUAGAUGAGCUGAAACGGAUUGAAAGAGAACGGGCAGAAGCUCAAGAUGACAGCAUACUCAAGUGAAGCGCCAGUGAGCUUGCCUUUCUUAAGUCGCUGAGGAUGAAUAAAAGCUUUGUCGUGCGAAAACAAAAAAAAAAAUCUGUGUAUCGCCACGUGGCUUAUCAGAGAUUCUAACCAGCAUCCAUCUGAGGCAGAGGAUUCAUGACUUCUC